AUGUCUUUCGGCAAGGUCUACGGCUUCGAGGGCCACCCUCGCACCCAGCCCAUCCUGGCUGUUGCUAAGGAGAACGGUCUCGAUAUCGAGGUCGUUACUGCUCAGCCCCCGGAGAGCAUCCCCGAGGGUCUGCUCAAGGCCAACAAGCUGGGCAAGAUCCCCACCUUCGAGGGCGCUGAUGGCUACACCCUCCACGAGUGCAUUGCUAUUGCUGUGUACGUCACCUCCCAGAACGAGAAGACCACCCUUCUCGGCAAGACCAAGCAGGACUACGCCUCCAUCCUGAAGUGGAUGUCCUUCGCCAACGCCGAGAUCCUUCCCCAGCUUGCUGGUGCUUUCCGCCCCAUCCUGGGCAAGGCUCCCUACAACAAGAAGGCUGUUGAGGAGUCCCUCAAGCUCGCCGAGAGGAACGUCUCUGUCGUUGAGGAGCACCUUACCCACAACACCUACCUCGUUGGCGAGAGGCUUUCUCUUGCCGACAUCUUCGCCGCCAGCCUGCUCUCCCGCGGCUUCCAGUACUUCUACGGCAAGCAGUGGAGGUCUGAGAACCCCGCCACCACCCGCUGGUUCCAGACGGUCUGGAACCAGCCUCUCUGGCAGGCUGUCUCCAAGCCUUUCGAGUUCAUUGAUGAGCCCGUCAAGAACCAGGCUCCCAAGGUUGACAAGCCCAAGGCUGAGAAGCCCAAGGCCGAGAAGCCCAAGGCCGCUCCGGCUGCCGAGGAGGAUGAGCCGGCUCCUGCCCCCAAGCCCAAGCACCCUCUCGAGGCGCUUGGCCGCCCUACGUUCGCCAUCGACGACUGGAAGCGCAAGUACUCCAACGAGGAGACUCGCGAAGUCGCCCUUCCCUGGUUCUGGGAGAACGUCAACUUCGAGGAGUACUCGCUGUGGCAGGUCGACUACAAGUACAACGACGAGCUCACCAUGACCUUCAUGACCUCCAACCUGAUUGGCGGUUUCUUCGCUCGUCUUGAGGCCAGCCGCAAGUACAUCUUUGGCUGCGCUUCGGUCUACGGUGUCACCAACGACUCCAUCAUCAAGGGUGCCUUCCUGGUCCGUGGCCAGGAGGCCCUCCCUGCUUUCGAUGUCGCUCCUGACCACGAGAGCUACGAGUUCACCAAGCUCGACCCCACCAAGGCCGAGGACAAGACGUUCGUCGAGGACCAGUGGUCGUGGGACAAGCCCAUCGAGGUCAACGGCAAGAGCUACGAGUGGGCUGACGGCAAGGUCUUCAAAUAG